AUCUUGCUUGAGGUUUGACGUCACAAUUAACGUCAUAAACCGGGUCGCACUAAAACUCCGCCAUGAAAACAAGAAAGAAAAGACCAUUUGACUUUUGGAAAGGUGUUUUAAAGUUGUCGGAAGUCGGGAAGAGUUACAAGGAUUUUAAAUAUUAAUUAUAAACAAUGGUCAUGGCGGAUAGACCAACGAAGACCCCAGUUCGGGUGGGAUUUUACGAUAUCGAAAGAACAAUUGGGAAAGGAAACUUUGCAGUAGUGAAAUUAGGCAGGCAUAGGAUUACCAAAACAGAGGUUGCCAUAAAAAUCAUAGAUAAAACCCAUUUAGAUGAAAACAACUUGAAGAAGAUUUACAGGGAAGUGAAUAUAAUGAAACUGCUGAACCAUCCUAACAUUGUAAAACUCUACCAGGUGAUGGAGACCAAAAACAUGUUGUACCUUGUAUCAGAGUAUGCUCCUAACGGGGAAAUAUUUGAUUACAUUCGUACACACGGUCGAAUGACGGAGCCUGAUGCCAGGAAGAAGUUUUGGCAGAUCUUGUUAGCUGUGGAGUACUGUCACUCUCACCAUGUCGUUCACAGGGACCUGAAGGCGGAGAAUCUUCUCAUGGACGCCAACAUGAAUAUUAAGAUUGCUGACUUUGGGUUUGGAAAUUUCUUUAAAACAAAUGAACACCUAGCAACAUUCUGUGGCAGUCCACCCUAUGCAGCGCCAGAAGUGUUCGAGGGCAAGAAAUACCUCGGUCCGCAGAUUGACAUCUGGAGUUUAGGAGUGGUGCUGUACGUCCUGGUGUGUGGUGCUCUGCCCUUUGACGGCUCCAAUCUACAGAUGUUGAGAGACCGAGUCCUACAGGGCCGAUUCCGAAUCCCUUUCUUCAUGACAGAAGCAUGUGAGAAAUUGAUAAGGAAGAUGUUAGUACUAGACCCAUCCAAAAGGUACACCAUCAACAUGAUCAAAAAACACCCCUGGAUGCAGGAGGACGGGGGAGCCCCAAAACAGGCCCCUCCCAGCCCCGUCAUUGGUCAGAAUGCUAAGAUGGGAGAAUAUAAUGAACAGAUACUCCGGCUCAUGCAGGGAAUGAAGAUAGAUAGGAAUAAAACUAUAGAGGCCCUACAGAAGGAUGCCUAUGAUCACUACACAGCCAUAUACUACCUUUUAGUGGAACGAUUACGGCAACAUCGCAGCAGUUUUCCUCCCGAGACACGAAUCGAUAUACGUAAAAGACGCCCUAGCACUAUAGCCGAUCAGGCCAUGAUGCACAUGAACUCUAGUCAAGCAACCCCAGCUCAGGGGCAGCAACGCACAGCAUUAGUCAACGUAAAACAAGGCAAUUCAAUGUUCAGCCAUACCACGGACUGUGUAACAAGUACCAGUGCUAACACUAGUAAUUUAUACCAGUUAUUUAACGACAGUGACGUUCAGACGCCCUGUGGUGUUACAGGGUGUCUCCCUGACAUAAUGCCCAGCCCUGUCAAACCCCCCAUCCCCACUAACAAUCUUCACAUGAUCACCACCUCCAUCGACGAGGGGGUGGAAGCAGACAUGACAGACUCCGAAAGUGAAAGUGGAAGUAACGGUAAAAAUAAUGUUCAAUUCGUCAGGGAUGGGUAUGGUAUUGGAUUAAUUCCCAGUUGUGCUUUUGGUGACUUUUCUCAGUUGAAUAGGAAUACAAAUAAUAGUUCUUCAUCUAUAAACACUGCCUCUCCGUUUACUAGUUUUGACUCCAGUUUGGAACCUGACUUUUCUUCUACUGUUUUAACUUCAUCACAGAUGAACUUUUCUGGUGUAGAAAGUCCAUCUUUUUCAUCCAUAUCCAAUACAUUUACAUCAUCAGCAGGUGCUAAUUAUUCCAUGGGACAAACAAACCCAGAGUCAGAAAAUGAAGAAGACCCUGUGAGAGAUCGCAGUCAAACAAGAUCACCGGUGAAUUUCAGGGAGGGACGCAGAGCAUCAGAUGGGCUGGUCACCCAUGGGAUCAUUGCUUUCCGUCAGAGAUUAAAAGAAAACAUGCGCGCCCCUGGAAUGACAGAAUUACGCAAAGAACAUGACACAUUACAACAAAUGUUCUCACCCAAUAUGACUCCAGAACAAAUUCAAGUUUUUCAACAGCAGCAUACAGCAUACAUGGAAUCAAGUGGGCAUCAGUGGCCAACAGAAGAGCAGAAUCAAAAACCUAGACCUCGACCGUUUCUGAAACGGAUGAGUUUACCAUCAGAAAACUUCGAUAUUCAACCACAUAAACUGUUAGCUUUGAAGCAAAGCAUGCAGGUCGAGCGGGCCAUGGAUCGCGUAUCUAGUCACGAGGAAGUCGCCAAUGAUCCAAAUUCAUUUGAAUACAUGAAUAAACCACUUCAACAGGCUCUUCUUCAAAGAAAUCUUCAGCAAAAACGGCAAAGCUGGCAACAAAAACAUCAUUGCCCUCUAAACCAACAAUUUCAAAAACUUCAGAUUGAUCAAAAUACAUUUCAACCUUAUCCUAGUCCAAAUAUUCAAAUGCUUCCUGAGCAGGCAAGUCAGCCUAUGUAUGGAAAUCAAUUUGCUUUGGGUGCCAACAUCGGAAACCAACGAAUUAGUGGGCAGUGUGAGGAUCUCAAUUCCAUGGGUCGACCACCAGUCAUACGAAAAGUUUCAUAUAAGUUAGCCCAACAACAGCCAGUGAUGCCCCCUUAUCUAGAGGAAGGAAACAAAAAUUUACCUUUCAGCAUUGGCCAGCUGCAAGGGAACCAGCAACUGAUCAAUUUUGGUGGAACACCAGUCUCAUUUCCCCAAGUUUCCUUGCAGUCGGACACACCUGUCGUCCAAACAACACCUGGAAGAAAAAAUGCAUUUAUCCCCCGUGGGAUGGACCUGUUAAUUCUACAGCAGCAGAUCGCAUAUCAGCAACAACAACAGCAGAAGACACUGCCAAGCAUGCCCGGGAUGGACGAAUCCGACCAGGAGAAUGAACUGUGUGAGUUGACGGCUCCGUCAGAAUAUCAGACGGAGUGUUACCAGGAAAACAAUCCCCCGACAACGGAGAUACAGAACGGGGAGUAUCAGGAAAACUUUGUCAACAACCAGGCGGUUCAACCCGAGACGUGUCAGACAGUGAACGAGGAGCAAAUGGACUUCUCGUGACCGAGUUUGUUUGUUUUACCCUCGUGAUUCAGUGUGUAGAUCUGUUUUUUUUUCUUCUUUUUGUUUUGUUUUUAUUAAUAUUUCUGAAUUCAGAGUAAGAUUGAAUUUUUUGAAUAAUGUUUCAGAUCAAAUGUUUGAGUGAAUAUUCUUUUUAUGAAUUCAGAACUGAACAGUCAGUUGUUGCUUUAAACAUGUUAAAGGGUAAAAAUCUCAGAAAUUAUGAAAUUUGUUAUGAAAUUCUUUCUGGAAGUAAUUCUGUCAGAAAUUUUGAUGGGAAGUUUGAAAAGAGAAAUACAAGUCUAAUGUUGACAUUAGAAAUGUUGAUUGUUUUUUUUUGAUUCUCAGCAAGUUUGUGUGUGGGUUCUGAAAAGUGACUGUUGUUUGAAGUCGUUACCAUUAACAAUAAUCUGUUUUGUUCUCAUGCACACAUGUAACUAAGUGCUUAUCAACUGAGAAUUGAUGUCUUUCAGGCAAAGGGGAUUUUUGAGUUUGUGCAUGUAUACAUGUGUUUUAUAGUAAUGUCUUUCACUAAAAAGUGACCAUGAUCAUCUGUUGUACAUUAUUUAAGGAGUUUUCUCUAUGCAUCAUAAUCAAUUUUUGUCAUUUUCCAAGAGUAUUGGAGAAACCAUUUGUUUAUAAACCAAGAGAUUUUGUGACUUGUAUGUUUAGAGCUCUUGAGAGUUUUUAUUAUAACUUUUAGAGUUUUUCUCUGUACCCUAUUUGUUCAAGAUCUUUUACUCAAAAUAUUCAAUCAGUAACUUGUAAAAGAUGUCCAUGGGAUUUAAAGCUUGACAGCAUAUUGAUUUGUGGAUUAUUUUUCUUUUUUUCCCCAAAAUUAUUAAUGAAUUUGAAGAGAUAAGUCAAGGUCAUCAUAUCUUUCAAGGUCAAUACAUAUUUUAUCCUCCCUUUAUAGAUUUACUUCUAGGAAAUAUAUUUCUAUUGAAAAACUUUUGGACCAAACUCUACUUUUGCCCCCUUUAUAAUAUAGCAUAGUUUUUCUUUUACAUUAAAAAAAAAAAUUCUAAGUAACUCAAAUAACUUAAAGUUCUCCAGGAAAAAGAUUUUUUUUGGGGGGGGGGGUCCAUUGAUGAAAGUUUAGGACUUGAAAUAAAGUGUAAAAUGGAUUUGUAUUCAGUACUGGUAUGAUCAAAGAUAAACUUGCCAAAGCACAGAAAAUCUUUAAAAUAUUUUUGUUAACACUAACAGUGCUGAAUGGAGUGACUGAAUAAGUGUAUUAUGUAUGGUUGUAUGUGAGUGAAAUGUUAUUAAGUGUUGUGGUGCUAUGUAGAUUGUACAAAUAUCAUUCAUUGUACACUGGGCAGGACUCAGUCAGUCCAAGUUUCCUCUGACACAAUUACAAGGGACAUGUAUUUGUUAGAAGUCUUGUGUGAAUGUAGCAAAUGUCAGAUUACUUCAGGAUUUAUGUGUAUUAAAGGCAAGUGGGGGCUUAAUGAAAUCAUAUCAAUAUAAAAUGGGCAUAUGACGGAGAAGUGAAUGAUUUUAUUGAGUUAAUUUGGUUAGAUGUUUUACAUGUAAUAUGAUUACACCCACAACAGUAGAUUAUCAUUGAAUUCUCAGACAGGUUAUAUCAGUAUUGCUCGUCAGUUAUAACAACACACAGAAAAACUCAUCUUUGUAGGAAUAGAAUCAGUUCAUUUAAAACAGCUAGACAUUCUGCUAAUCAAUUUUUUAAGAGUUCUAACCGUUCUUCACAAAGAUUGUUAACAUAAAAUGACUCAGCUUUACAUUUUAUAAAGUUAGGAAAUGGUAAUAAAUUGAAAUCUUGCGUGUCUAAAAAAAAAUAUUUAUUAUUUGUAACAAAUCUAAUUUUGAAAUAUAAUUAUAAACUUGAUCAAGACAUAAUGGGGUCCAUAAAUGUUGACUGGAAGUUGUUUUCUGUGUACAAACGGAUUGCUAUAACUUGAUGCUAGGAAUCAGGUUAGGGCUUGGUUGAUGCAUUUUAACCUGACUACAUGUACAUUGUGCAGCCCAAAGGGCAAAAACUCUGUUAGUUAUUUUUGACAUGAACUUGUUAUUGUAUGAAUGUAUAGAUAACUUUAUCAGUCAUUAAAUUGUUAUAAAUAAUUUAA